AUGUUAUUUAGGUUCCAUAUAUAUAUUUUGUGGAUCUAAUUGGAGAAUCUUAUGCAGCUAGCAGCACCUGACAGGCUUCUCCUGUCUUUCACCUGUGAGAAUCUCAGGGCACCUGUAAAUGGCGGCUUUGUACCUGUCUGCACUGCCCCAGGCUGAGGUGACCUUUGAGGAUGUGGCCGUGCUUCUCUCUCGGGAAGAGUGGAGCCAUCUGAGCCCUCAUGAUAGGGGCCUCUACAGGGAUGUGAUGCUGGAAACUUACGGAAAUCUCAUCUCCCUGGGAGCUGUAUCUGCAGGUCCCAAACCCAGGGUGAUUGCACAGCUGGAAAAAGGAGAUGAACCAUGGGUCCUGGAUAUUCAGGGUGCCAAGGGGAGAGAGCAGUUGAGAAUCCAUGGCUCAGCUCAUGGAACAAGGAAUGAGUACAAGGUGUUGACUUCAGGGAAAAUACUUGGUGGGGAAGAACUGGACCCACUCAGGGAAACUGUUUCUUUGAGAUUUGAACAAGAAGAAGCUCAUGAGCUCGUCAGGGAACCAGAGAAGAACACAGACAAGCUAGGAGAGCAGAGAAAACCCAGGCCCAUAACAAUGACAAAGGAUGAGGAGUCUGGGGAAAGUCUUAUGUUGGGCUCAAGUCUUAUUCUUGAUCAGAGACCUCACAAAUGUGAUAUAUGUGAGCAAAGUUUUGAACAAAGAUCAUACCUCAAUAAUCAUAAACGUGUACACAGGUCAAAAAAACUAAGUAUAAUUAAUGAUUCUGGGGAAAUUGUCAGUACUAAUUUAAUUGUUCAAGAAGAACUUAAAAUCCCUUUUGGGAAAAAGUUGCAUUAUUGUGAGUACUGUGGGAAAGCCUUUAGGUAUAGUGCUAACCUUGCCAAACACCAGCGGCUUCACAGUGAAGAGAAGCCCUACAAGUGUGAUGAGUGUGGGAAAGCCUUCAGCCAGAGCUGUGAGUUCAUAAAUCACCGAAGGAUGCACUCUGGUGAGAUCCCCUACCGCUGUGAAGAGUGUGGGAAAACAUUCAAUCGAAGACCCAACCUCAUGAAACAUCAGAGAAUUCACACAGGAGAGAAGCCCUACAAGUGUGGUGAGUGUGGGAAGCACUUUAGUGCCUACUCUUCUCUCAUCUAUCAUCAGAGAAUCCACACUGGAGAGAAGCCCUAUAAGUGCAGUGACUGUGGGAAAGCCUUCAGUGACAGCUCCAUCCUUAUCCGACAUCGUCGGACUCACACCGGAGAGAAGCCAUUUGAGUGUAAAGAAUGUGGCAAAGGCUUUACCCAAAGUUCUAACCUUAUUCAACAUCAAAGAAUCCACACUGGAGAGAAACCCUAUAAAUGUAAUGAGUGUGAGAAAGCCUUUAUCCAGAAAACAAAACUUGUCGAACAUCAGAGGAGCCACACUGGAGAAAAGCCCUAUGAAUGUAACGACUGUGGCAAGGUCUUUAGUCAGAGUACUCACCUCAUUCAGCACCAGAGGAUCCACACAGGAGAAAAGCCCUAUAAGUGCAGUGAGUGUGGGAAGGCCUUUCAUAACAGCUCCAGACUCAUCCACCAUCAGAGGUCACACCAUGGAGAGAAACCAUACAAAUGCAGUGAUUGUAAGAAAGCCUUUAGUCAGGGCACUUACCUCAUCCAGCACCAGAGGAUUCACACUGGGGAGAAGCCCUAUAAAUGCAGUGAAUGUGGAAAGGCCUUCCGGCACAGUUCUAAUGUAUUUCAGCAUCAAAGGAUUCACCUUCGGGAAGAUUUCACCAUGUGAUAGGGUAGGAGGGUCUAUAAGUCCUACUGUGUACCUCUUCCAUGUGACCAAACCUUCCAAUUUAUUUA